UCUUGUCUAUCUAACUAACUCUGUCUGGAUUCGAUAAAUCAAUUGAUUAUCGAAAAACAAAAUCAAUUUUGAAUUUCGAUUUGUUUUUUUUUUGUUGUGUUGAAAAUUUGUCAAUUCAGCAACAAAUUUCGAUAUGUCUAAAUUUCAUUAUGUUUUAGAUAAUCAAUUACCAUCAACAUCAUCAUCAUCGUCGUCAUCGUCAACAUCGACGUUGUUACAGAAUCAACAUCAUCAUUUACAACAGCAAUUAUCCACAUUACAGAUGCAUCAUCAACAACAACAACAACACCAUCAUCAUUCACAUCAAACGAAUGUAUCAUCAUUAUUGAAUCGACAACCAAAAUAUCAACAGCAGCAACAAGGACAUUAUCCACAGCAUCAACAACAGCAAAUUAAAUAUGGUCAUCAACAGCAGCAACAACAACAACAAUUUCAUUCCGCAUUUGAAUCAUUUUUACAAAUACCGCCAACAUCCGCUUCAGCAGUGGCCAUUUCACAACAACAACAAUCAUUAAAUCAUCAUAAACAUCAUCAUCAUAAUUCGCAAAUGGCUCCAUCAAGAAUAAUUGGUGAUGAUGAUUUUCGAUCAAAUAAUAGUUCAACUAAUCAAUCAUUAUUGUCAUUAAAUGAAUCGGGUGAUCAAGAUCAGGAUGAACAAUCAACUUGUGGAUAUGGACCAGUGAUUGAACAUGAUGAUAUUGAUUAUGAUGAUGAUGAUGAAAAUGAUGGUGGCGAUGACGAUAACGAACAGUUAAAUAAUAUGAAUAGCAAUUAUAAUUCAUCAUGGAUAUUCAAAGAAGAUUUUAUUAUUAAUCAUACACCAUCAAGGCGACAAGGUAUCAAUUAUGCGGACGAGAUUGAAUAUCGACGUAAAGGAACCAAAUUUAUAAGAGAUUUGACUAAAUUAUUAAAAAUGAAGCCCAUCUGUAAGGAAACGGCAUAUGUCUAUUUUCAUCGUUUUUUUAUGCUACGAUCAUUUCGACAAUAUGAUCCGAUACGCAUUGCUAUGGCAUCGCUAUAUUUUGCUUGUAAAUAUGAAGAUCAUCCAUUGCCUAAAGAUCAUCUUAUACAGGUAUCAUAUUUAUUGAUUAAUAAUUAUGUGAACAAACAACAACCAUCACAUAAAUUGAAUAAAGAUGAUAAGGAAUACAUUGAAUACUGUGAUCGAUUAAUAAUGGACGAAAAUUUAAUGAUACAAUUAUUAGGAUUUGAUAAUCUACGUGUAACACAUUUUCAAGUAUUGGUUGUUGAAAGUUAUUCUCGUAAUCCGAUUCAAGGUACUACACAAGAAUUAUAUACGGCAGCCUAUCAGAUUGCAUCCGAAUUGAAUCGAUUAACAACGUUAUGUCUUGAAUAUCCUGCACCAUUUUUGGCUGCUGUAUCAAUCUAUUUGGCUGCUUGUUACAAAACGAUAAGGCUUCCGGAUGAUUGGUGUCAAACUAUGAUGACUGAUGUAAAAAAUCCUAUGGAUAUGAAAAAAUUGGUGAUACAAAUUGGUGAAAAAUAUCGUGAAUCAUUAUCAUCAUCACAAUUGAUACAGAAAAUUUUGACCGAAGAAUAUCGACGUCAAUAUGGAUCGCCACCAUCGAGUGUUAUGAAAAAAUCCAAUUCAACCAUUGAUCAACAAAAACAGCAUCCAACAUUAGGAGCAUUAUUGAUGACAAAUUUUUCACCUGAUAGUGCAUAUUCAAGUUCUAGUUCAACGGCUGCUGCUUAUUCUCCAGCCGAACAACCACAACUACAACCGGUGAAUUCUACACCAUCAUCAUCUAAUAUAUCUGGUGAUCGAAAAUCUCGAUUACAGAUAAAUCAACAAACUGCUGGUGGAAGAAAUGUUCGAUCAUUAAUGAAUCCCAUUUCUGCAUCACAAUCGCAACAACAACCACAACAGCAGACAAGAUAUUCAAUGGCCAAUAAAAAUAAUAACAACAAUUACCAAAGUAACAAUAAUAAUAUGAAUCAACAACAACAACAACAAUCGAACAAGAAACGUAGUGCUACUAAUGUAAUGAAUAAUAAUAAUUUUAAUGAUGGUCAAUUUAAUUUUGCUCAACAACAACAACAAUCUUCACAAAAAAUUGAUUUUUCAAAUAUCAACCAGAACAACAACAAUGAUAUGAUAUUGAAUAGAAAUAAUUUGAAUCUUCAACAUUAUCGAUCGUUAAUCAAUGUUGGUAAUAUCAACAACAACAACAACAAUAAUACUAAUCAAUUAUCAAGAAAUCUACAACAACAUAUGAAUAAUAAUGGUAAUAAGAAAUUCAAAUCAAAUCAUGCAAUUGAAACAUUAUCAAAUGAAUAUUAUCGUCACAAUAAUAAUAACAACAAUUAUAAUCGUCAUCAUCAUCAUCAACAACAAAUGUCAUUACAUCAACAAGAUGCUGCCUAUACGAUACAACAACAAUUGGGUAUAAUGUUUCAAAAUUCAGUUGCGAAUGGUGGUGGUGGCAAUAAUACUUCACUUGUAACUGGUUCUUCAUUUCAACAACAACAACAACAACAUCAUCGAAAAAAUUUGUGAUAUAAUUAAAAAAAAAAUUUCAUUCAUUCAUUCAUCAAAUUUGAUAUUGUUUUUUUUUCUCUCUGAUCAUCAACAUCAUUUUU